UUUGAAUUUGAUAUGUGACAAAUUAAAUCAUGCCAUUUUGGCGAAUUUUAUUAUUAAAGACGUCAUUACGAAUCGUUUUUGAAUACACGAUCGAAUACGAUUAAGCGCCAGAAAACGCCUUUGGUUUGUUAAUGAUUUGAAUUAAUUUUUUAGAACUUAAAACUCUUCAUUGAAUCACCUUCAAAAAAUAUUGUUAGAAAUUAAAGGGUGGUAGGCCUGUAAUAUAAUGUAGGUAUAGCAGUCUUCAGCAUUCAACUGUGAGGUAGGUCUAAGAAGAUAUGGAAUCAGAUGAAGAACGUUUUCACUCUGUGGAAGAAGAGCCAUACAAUGGAUUCAAGACUUUUCAAUACACUGAUCCAUUUCUGGUAUCAGGUAUCUUAAGGUCAGUUGUGAUGGAAGAUUUAGAGGAAAUUAAGCAUUUAAUAGCAUGUGGACACUCUGUCAACAUCAAUGACAAUAAUGGAAAUACACCGCUCCAUGUAGCUGUGAUAAAGAAAAAUUUGAGUAUUGUAAAUGUUCUCCUUGCUGAAGAACACAUAGCCAUAAAUCACAGGAACUUUUAUGGGCAAACACCUUUGUUGAUUGCCGUGAAAAGUGGCAGUUUUGAGUUGGCACAGUGUCUUGUUGAAAAUGGAGCCAAUGUGAAUCUACCAAACUAUGACGAUGUAACACCACUUCAUUUGUCUGUUGAAUUUCCAAACAUCGCCCAAUUACUAAUUACAAAUGGGGCAGAAAUAGAUGCUUUGGAUUUCAGAGAUGAUACUCCCUUACAUGAUGCUGUAGGUUACUGUUAUUUGGAAAGUGUAUACAUGCUUUUAUUUUAUAAUGCAGAUGCCAAUAUUCAGGGAGACAUGAAGUCAACACCAUUUAUGAAUGCUCUAAUUCGUCAAGAUUACGCUCUGCAGGAAGCUUUAUUUGAAUAUGUGAAUGAUUUUAAUGUGUUAGCUAUAGAUGGGAUUAGUACUUUAGAUCUGGCUCUGACCCAUGAUAAUAUUUUUGUUGAAGAAAUGAUUAAUCGUGGAGCCAAAGUUGACUCAUUAUCUUACUUGAACUGUUUGAGGGUACCUAAUCAUGAAAAUUUUAAAAUUGUAUGGAAUAAACUGCCUCUUGAGGAAGCAAAAUAUGUUACUCUAGUGGAGUUGGUCGAAAUGCUAGAUGAAAAUCAUUUUUGUUACUACAUGGAUGUUAUUAUGGAAGAUUCAGACCCUUUGAUACUGUCGGAGAUUGCAGAAAAUAUGAAGAGUUGUGAUAUGGCAUUGAUAGUCGAUAAAUACUUAAAAUGUAAAUGUGCCCUAGAUAAACUAACAAAAUUUAUAUUCAUUAUGCUUCAGCAUGGUUACGAAAUGGAUAGCUUAGUUAUUGACACAAUUUUCUCAAAAUAUGAAUACUGUGAACUGAUCAAAUUAUUACUAUUUAUCGACUAUGUUAGUGAAUGGUCUCCUCUUAUGAUUACUACAAGGUUAAUUUUUGAUGUAAAAAGUGGUAUGAAAAUGGUAUGCCAUGAAGUUAUGUCUGCUCAUAAUUUUUCGUCAAAUUUAAGUUUGUUCAGAGAAAAUAUAAUUAGUUCAUUCAGCUACUGGGUUUAUCCUCCUCUGGUAGAGUUAUAUAACACUAUGAAACAUGUUGAAUUUAGAAAUUCGGAUGAAGAUAAGUUUUCACAUAUUGUUGAGAACUUACCAAAAAUGCCUUCAUUACUUGAAUUGGCUAGAGAUAAGACAAGAGAGCAUAUUGUUGAAAGGUUGAAAAUCACCACUACUUGUCAAUACUAUACAGUGAUAAACCAUCUGGAUAUUUCAACAAUUUUCAAGAAAAUAUUGAUGUUUGAGACUAAAAUUUAUCAUUAUUAAGAUUUGCUCUGAAUUCAUGAUUAUAUUUGAAUUGAAGGAGUUAUAUUUUUAGGAGUGAUUAAUUUUGGGAAAGAAAGUUUUUUGGCGUC